CCAGGAUCUCAAGGUCACUCCCUCCUCCUCACUCUUCCUCAAGGUCACUCCCUCCUCCCCCCUCCCUCUGGCCCGGGGGCGAGGAGCAAAUGCACGCCUCGGACCACGUCGCCACGGGCGUCGCGAAGCCCCUGGCGGGCACGCUGGCCUCCACGGCCCGCGAGUCCGAGUUGGCCGGCAGCCGAGGGCGUGCGGCCAACCCGCUGCUGGACCCGCUGGCGCCUGCCAGCGCGCGGGGCACGCUCGUGACCGCCAGCGCGCGGGGCGGCGCAGGCAGUCGCGGCGGCCAGUGGCUCCCGCCGUCCGCGGCGGCCCCCCCGGCGCUCAGCGCGCGGGAGGCGCGGUCCGGAGGCGCUCCCCCGGCGCCGGCGGUGCCGGGCGCAGCGUCGAGCUCGGCGCGCUCGCGGCCGCGGGCGUGAGAGCGCCCGCCCGCCCCCCCCUCCCCCUCCGUGCUGCAGGCUUCGGGGUCUGGGUGUGUCUUCCCUGUGCCUCCUGGAUCGCCUCUGCCCCCUCUUGCGCGACGGCCGCAAAACUCGCGGCGCCCGCAUGGAGCUGGCUGCGACUUCGGGUCGUCUGCGCGGCACGAGAAAAGGGGGACCGCGCCGCGCAGAAUUCGCUCUCCUGCCU